UGUGGGUAGGACUUUGCGCAUGCGCAGUAUACGUCUGUUAGGCCGUUGUGUUGUUGGAGCGGGAAUACACACACGGCAGUGUGACUGGCUGACAGCAUCACAUCUCUCACUCUUACCUUUACUGAUUAUACAGCCGAAACAAAAGCAUGCCUCGAGAAAUCAUCACCUUACAGCUCGGACAGUGCGGAAAUCAGAUUGGUUUUGAGUUUUGGAAGCAGUUAUGUGCUGAGCAUGGCAUCAGUCCAGAGGGCAUUGUAGAGGAGUUUGCCACUGAGGGAACUGACCGGAAAGAUGUCUUCUUCUAUCAGGCGGAUGAUGAGCACUACAUCCCUCGGGCUGUACUCUUGGACCUGGAGCCCAGAGUCAUUCACACCAUACUGAACUCCCCCUACUCCAACCUGUACAAUCCAGAGAACAUCUAUCUGUCUGAGCAUGGUGGUGGAGCUGGUAACAACUGGGCCAGUGGUUUCUCUCAGGGGGAAAAAAUCCAUGAGGACAUCUUUGACAUUAUCGAUAGAGAGGCAGAUGGCAGUGACAGUUUGGAGGGAUUUGUGCUGUGUCACUCCAUCGCUGGGGGAACAGGAUCUGGUCUGGGGUCUUAUCUUCUGGAACGGCUGAACGACAGGUAUCCCAAAAAACUGGUUCAGACCUACUCUGUAUUUCCCAACCAGGAUGAGAUGAGCGAUGUUGUCGUACAACCUUACAAUUCUCUCCUGACGCUAAAGAGACUGACCCAGAAUGCAGACUGUGUGGUGGUGUUGGAUAACACGGCUUUGAACAGGAUCGCCACAGACCGGCUGCACAUUCAGAACCCCUCGUUCUCUCAGAUCAACCAGCUGGUGUCCACUAUCAUGUCAGCAAGUACAACAACCCUCCGUUACCCCGGUUAUAUGAACAAUGAUCUUAUUGGUCUGAUCGCCUCAUUAAUUCCUACUCCCCGCCUCCACUUUCUUAUGACUGGAUACACGCCGCUGACCACCGAUCAGUCUGUGGCGAGUGUGAGAAAGACUACAGUUCUUGAUGUGAUGAGGAGGCUCCUGCAACCCAAGAACGUCAUGGUGUCCACAGGACGAGACCGCCAGACCAAUCACUGCUAUAUUGCUAUUCUCAACAUCAUUCAGGGAGAGGUGGACCCAACACAGGUUCAUAAGAGCCUGCAGAGGAUCAGGGAGAGGAAGCUUGCAAAUUUUAUCCCGUGGGGUCCAGCUAGCAUCCAGGUGGCACUGUCUCGCAGAUCUCCCUACCUGCCUUCAGCCCACCGGGUCAGUGGUCUUAUGAUGGCCAAUCACACCAGCAUCUCCUCGUUGUUUGAGCGUACCUGUCGUCAGUAUGAUAAGCUGAGGAAGAGGGAAGCCUUCCUCGAGCAGUUCAGGAAGGAGGACAUAUUCAAAGAGAACUUUGAUGAGCUGGAUAACUCGCGUGAGGUGGUCCAGCAGCUUGUAGACGAGUAUAGCGCAGCCACGCGUCCCGACUACAUUUCCUGGGGCACGCAAGAGCAGUAACCACCCUGAAGCUCUUCAUCCCCAAUCCAAAAAAAGGUCCUGAAUUGAUCCUGUCAAAUAUGGACUUACUCGAGUAGCAAAUAACAGUAUUGAAGUCUAUAAACUAGAGAAUCAUGAUUUCUUAAACUGUUGCUCCAGAGCCUUUUCAUCGAAUAUAUAAGAUCUUUAGCCCAGCAUCACUGCUGUUUUAAGAACCUUUUCCAUAUGUAUAUGGAUGUGAUUUUCAUCAGGCCUUUAGAUGAGUUCUUCAUAACCCGGUGCCUCUUUCACUCUUUCUCUGUUCUUGAUUUCUUUUUCUUGACUGGACAGUCAAUGCUCUAUUUUUGUAACGCACUCUGCACUCCUCUGCAUCAAUCUAUGUCAAGGUGAUGCAGGCUCAUAGGCUUCCGUGACCACACACACUUCGAGCAGAUUGUAGACUGGGUGGUCUCAGAUGAAUGUAACUGUAGGAGGGAGCGUGAAAGAUUAAGCUUCGUAGAAAAAGCUUGCUUAUGAGUACACAAUCUCUUACUCCCUCACUUUCACGCAUGCAUGCUUUUAGACAAAACACACAUGCUUUCAGGGGAUAGACAAUGAUUGUGUGGCGUUUGAAUCCUCUUUGCCCCUUAGAAGUGAAAGCACAUCUCACAGAUCAUAUAAAGAGCUUCAAGUGUUAUGUACUUUAAUACAUCCUUUUUAUCAGAGAAUCCUCUCUGGGUUUCUUUACUUGUCAAUCAAAACAGUGACGUUACCUCAAAGUCUGACGGACUCAAUCAAACGGCAAUGUAACAAUUUAUUCUAGUCUUUAUUCUCAUAUACUGAGAAUGUCUCCAGCGUUCAACUUUCAUGCUUAAAUUCUUUCUUGAGCUAAUAAUGUUGUUAUUAUUGUUAUACUGUGUACAUAGUUUGACUUGGAUGCAUUAACUUGAAGUUCAUGAGGUUGAAUAAAUGUUUUUCUACAAGCAA